GCUUCCCUCAGGCCGUAAAAUCUGAACCCUCCUAUAAACCAAGAACAUCCAUUUGAUUUGAUCUCUCUCUCUCCCUCUGUGUGUGUCUUUCUCUCUCUUCGUCGUCUUCUUGAGAUAGCAGGAUGAUGAAUGAUGACAACGGCGACGGGGUUGGAGUAGAGAGAUACGCUUCAUCUGGUCAUGGCGUGCUGCCAAUGGCAUGGCACAGCCAGACGGCCAGCUCAUAUGCCCCGCCGGCACUACGCGACAUGGAUUCUUUCGCGUGGGUGUCCGUCUCCCGGAGCACGGCGAUGACCGGCGCAAGUCUUUUCCCGCCGGCGGCGUCUGCCUGCUAUGAGCAUAUUCCGGCGGACUCCGGUGGUAUCGAGCGGGCUGGGCCACCAGAGGGGUUGGGCUUGAAGAAGAGGAAGAGAUCAGACGAGGAUCAAGCAAAGACGACAAGUGUGUCCGCCGAUUCUGCAGAGACCGAGCGCGUCAAGGACGCCAAUGGCGAAGAGACCGGCCCGGCGGCAACUGCUGCCGGAGGCACGUCCAAAGUGAAGGGAGCCAAAGAAGCCGACGAGCCAAAGAAAGGGUACGUCCAUGUCAGAGCCCGGAGCGGGCAGGCGACUAACAGGCACAGCGUCGCAGAAAAGUUGAGAAGGGAGAAGAUCAGCGAAAGGAUGAAGCUUCUGCAAGACCUUGUUCCUGGCUGCAACAAAGUCACAGGGAAGGCGGUGAUGCUGGACGAGAUCAUCAACUAUGUCCAGUCCCUGCAAAGGCAGGUGGAGUUUCUAGCGAUGAAGCUCUCCGCGGUGAACCCGACGCUUGGUGUCAACCUAGAAUCACUCAUCGCUAAGGAUGUUCUUCGCUUUCCCUGGUCUCCUUCAACUCCUCUCAUGGGACUCUCGUUCGCUUCGCAACCAGGCUUGCUCCAGGGCGAUGUUCAUGGCAUGGCCAAUUCAGAUAUGUUCAGAACAUUAAUGCAGUCAUUCUCCCAGGAGCCGCCAACCCAGGUCCAUCACACACUGAGUGGAUCAUUCGAUGGUGCGGUGCAAAUGGUGUAUUCUUCCGAGGAUCCAAGUAUCAGGCCAGAACAGAAUCAGUUUCAUAUGUGAAAGUUCUGCUUACUCGAUGCUCCAGGUUUCCUCUAAUCAGCAGCCGUAUGGGAGAGAAAUUGCCUCAGUUACUACUACUUUUGUUGGAGUGUAAUUGUGUUCGAACUGAACUUAGGCAACAGGGAGAGCAAACUUCUGAGAUAAAAAUGGCAGGAUGCGAAACAGCUACGUACCAAAAGCUGAAAAGAAAGGCCAAGCCAGACGGAAUGGGCAUUUUUCUCGUUAUGUGAGCAACUCAAUUGAAACUCUGAUUUCUGUUGUUCCCAUGCUAACUUGCCUACUAUGCAAGUUAGUAGGAGGAAGCAUCAGAACCGUUUACUUCAGUUAGAAAAAUAGGUCAAUAUAUCAUGAAGGCGAAGUCCAUUUAUUUAGACUAAUGUAAUUCAUGUAUCUUCUUUUCCUACAUUCAUUUUCGUUUUGGCCCCUUCA